GCUCCUCCAGAGCCGCAUCAACCGCCAUCCAGGAACACUGCCUGGGAGCUCUGACUCGGCGCACUUCUCCGCUUGGUGCGUCAUCACACAGCGCUGCGCGCCGUCGCAUCUGCCGCCUAGCUUGGGCUCAGCCUUGUGAGUGCUGCGGGCCCCUGGUCGCACACUUUAAAGCACGCGCACCGCCGCGUAGGCAGCUGCGGCUUCCCUAAUUCACAUAUCCCCGUGCCCUCACUCAAGCUCUCUUGCUUGCCUCCAAGACACUUGAACUGACACUUCGGGAGCAGCCGACUAUCACUCCCCGCAUUCACAACGCGUGCACCCCACUUUGUACAUCAAGACAGCUGCCGCCCGUGGCCCCACAUCAACCGUUCGAGCAUCCGCAUUUGUACUCGAAGCGAGACGGAACAGCAUUAGCAACCAAACAUCAAUCACGACUCUUCCUGACAGAACUUGACCCUCGCAUCCAUCAUGUUUGCUACACACGCCCUCAAUCAGCUUCGACGCUACUCCACAUCUCUACCUCGCGACCCGCACUACAGACUCAAGGCCACCCUCAUGACCGGCUACCUGGUCUCGGCAUUCACCCUACCUUUCGUCCCGCCGCUGCUGGAGUCGCGCAGGACGAAGGCUGACGGGACAUAUCUCACGAGGGAGAACGUAUACUGCUCUGCGCACUACCACGGAUGUGCGAGAUGAACACAACCACCGAUUGAGUUCGUCGCUAGACCUCAUUUCUAAGGUCCACCGCCAAAAGGAGCAUUUUUAUUACAUAUACCCCUGCAUCACAUCGGCAUCCUGCUUUCUUUGGGUACUCACGGCGUUCAUGUUGCAUACGG